ACAGCCAAUAAGGGCCUGAUGAGCUCAAGUAUCGCUAUAACACAAGGACUUAUUCUCUGAGCGGAGCCUGCAGGUUCUGACAGACCAUCAUCAUCUUCAUCGCUGGAGCUUCUCUUCCUCUCUGAGGUGUGAAGUCUGCUGUCACCAUGUCUGACAACGAGGAAGUGGAUCAGCUCGAGGAUGAGGAAGCCCAGGAGGAGGUAGUAGAAGUAGAAGUAGCCCCUGAGGCGGAGGCCCAGGUAGAAGCAGAGCCAGAGGUAGAGCCUGAACCAGAGCCAGAGCCAGAGCCAGAGGAGGUGGUGCAGCAGGUGGUUCAUGAGGAGGAAGACGCCUAUGAAGAGGAAGUGGAGGAGGGAGAUCAAGAUGAAGAGAAGCCAAAGUUCAAACCCUCUGCUCCAAAGAUCCCUGAUGGAGAGAAAGUGGACUUUGACGACAUCCAGAAGAAACGUCAAAACAAAGACCUGAUUGAGCUGCAGUCGCUGAUUGAUGCUCACUUUGAAUGCAGGCAGAAGGAGGAGGAGGAGCUCAUCGCUCUCAAAGAGAGAAUCGAGAAGCGUCGUGCUGAGCGAGCCGAGCAGCAGAGGAUUCGCGCUGAGAAGGACAAAGAACGGCAGGCCAGGCGGGAGGCUGAGCGGCAGAGAAAGGAGGAAGCCGACGCCCACAGGAAGGCUGAGGAUGAGGCCAAGAAGAAGAUAGCGCUGAGCAACAUGGGAUCGGGCUACAGCGGCAUCCUCCAGAGGGCUGAACAGAAGAGGGGCAGGAAGCAGACUGAAAGAGAAAAGAAGAAGAAGAUUAUGGCAGAGAGAUGCAAACCCCUGAACAUCGACAACUUCAGCGAGGACAAACUGAGGGAAAAGGCGAAGGAGUUGUGGGAGAGGCUGCACAGCCUGGAGGCGAUAAAAUUUGACCACUGCGAGAAGCUCAAGAGACAGAAGUAUGAGGUGGUCUCCCUCAGAAACCGGAUCGACGAGCUGCAGAAACACAGCAAGAAGGGCGCCGCCUCACGCCGCAGGAAGUGAGCCCUGCCCGGAGGCGCCCCCUCUCGGCGACAGCUCGACUCACGGCGUCCGGCAGCAGCCUGACCGUCUGGAUCUGCCUGUCAUGUUUUUAGCUCCACUAAAGACGUUUUAGCUCACUGUGUUUGUGUAUGAAAGAGGAUUGGGAGAAUAAAAGGGCAGAAUCAUUUAC